AUGGGAGGUACACUAGGACGUUUUGAGAUUAGCAGGAGUUUCUAUAAUUUUAUUUUUAACAAUGCUCUCCUCGAUAUGGAUUAUCAUGGUUCUCCUUUUACCUGGCCUCGUGGUAAUCUUAGUCAUCGCCUUGAUCAAUGUCUUGUGAAUUCUGCUUGGAAUAAUAUGGCAUUUUCCUUCGAGGUGUUUCAUCUGGAUAGCCUCGUUGCCCUUCAACCGAAGCUCCUUUAUUGGAACUCUUCGAAUCUUGGAGAAAUUGGAAAAAGGAAUCGUCAGUUGUUUGCUCGGUUACGUAGAAUUGCAAGAGUCCUUGAUGUUCGCCACUCUCCGUUCCUUUCAACUUUGGAAUCUCAGUUGAAGGAGGAAUUGAAAUAUGUGAUUCACAUUGAAGAGUAUAUCUGGUUUCAAAAAUCCCACUGUGAUUAUACCUUAUAUGGUGAUCGUAAUACCGCCUUUUUCCAUGCUAGGGUUAAAAGUCAUCGAAAGCACAACUCUAUUCAGGCCUUGAAAGAUGGUUAUGGUAAUUGGUGUUUUGAUCAGCAUUCUCAAUAA